CCCGGCGAGCACACAGCGCCGUGUCUGCACGCUGCCGCAAGCGCCGACCUCGGGCCGGCCCGUCAGGCGCUGAGGGCCGGCCCUGACCCCGCGCAGCCCGGCCCGACCCGACCCGGCCCUCCCCACCGCCAAGAUGGCGGCGGCUGCGCUGCGUGCAGAGGGACAGGAAGUGUGUGGGGGAGAGGCGCCAUGUUGAGGCCCAGCGGAGAGGUUAAGCUUUGCUGUUCAUGACAAGUAUGUUGGGAAAAUGCAAAAGAUGCUUCUGCUAAGCUUGUUUUUUUGUGCAGAUGAUCUGUGACUAAGAGGUGACUGUUCUGGUCAAUGAGGUGUACAGUGGUCAUGGACAUCUGGCAACGGAGGAAAUUGACUUACAAAUUUUUGAUUGUUUGCCAUCGUGUAUUCUUGUAUACACAAGCGACUCAGUAUACCAUGCAGACAGCGUGAAGGAUACUGAAGAUUUGGCAAGGAAGUACCUCAUCAGCGCAGCGUUAGAGGAUCUGAUUGUAAAUGUUUAAAAAUGUCUGACCAGAAAAAUAUUGUGCACAGAGCCCAUUGUAUUGAAAAGCUACUGUCUGAGAAUAAUUUCCAAGAUAUUGAAAAUCAUCUUAAAGAGCUUGAAGUUAUUGAUAUGACUAUAGAAUAUCUUCAGGGGACAGAAGCUGCCAAGGCUGUAUACCGAGUACUCAAGAGCUGCCCUUCAGCAGUGUUGAAAAAGAAAGCAAAGCAUUUAUUAUCUAGGUGGAAAGCACUUUACAAGAAUAACUGUGUUCACUCAAUGCAAGUUAAAAAGUCAGAUUCUGUGUAUUUGGAAGAAGACAAUGAACAUCUCAGUGUGAUUCCCAAAGAACAGUCACUGUUGGAUGGAGCAUGUCAGCAGGAGGUAUUAGAUGCUGCUAGUUCUAAAAUUUUGGUCCCAUCACAAAGUGUUGCCAAAAAUAUGGUAUAUAAUGACCCAGAAAGCAACAUGGAUCAUCAGCUUUCUCCUUUUGAAGAACAGCAUACUAACAAUGCAGAUUUUAAACCUCUUGUUGAUGAAGCAAGCUUGCAGCAUGAUCACAUGAAAGCUCUGAGAUGUAAAUGCACAGAUCUUCUUUAUAAAGCUUUGACUAGUUCUCCUAAAGACAAAGAAGAAAGCAAUAAAUGGCUAGAGCUGUCAAAAGAAAUUGAAGAGCAUAUUUUUGCUCUUUAUGCCAAAAAUGACAAGAAGUAUAAAAAUUGCAUCAGAAGCAAAAUCUCUAACUUGAAGAACCCUAAAAGUUGUCACUUAAAACAUAACCUUUCUUCAGGGACUUUGAGUCCAAAGGUCUUUGCUGAGAUGACAGUAAUGGAAAUGGCCAGUGAUGAACUGAAACAGCUCAGGGCUCUGUAUACAGAAUCUUCUGUGCAAGAACAUCAGCUUCCACAAGUCAUUAAUGGCACACAGACAAACAAAAUAAAGUGUAGGCGCUGUGAAAAAUUUGAUUGCACUGUCACAAUGAUUGCCAGAGGAACUCUCUUUCUUCCAGGUUGGGUGCGAAACACAAAUCUAGAUGACCAAAUGAUGACUUACGUUAUUUGUAAUGCAUGUGGAGAACAAUGGUAUCAUAGCAGAUGGGUCUGUUUGUAAUACUGUAACUCUUAAUAAGUGAUUUAGAAACAAAAAUUGCAAAAUGUUGAAAUACUGAUACAUGGAUAUGAGAAGGCACCUCUGUUGAAACUGUAUAAUUUACAGUUUGUACUGCUAUUAUUAUGCAGAUGCUGCAACUAAUAAAUUGCAAGAUGCCAGUUUAAAAAGAUUGCUAGGUCGUUUUUGAAGGUGAUUUGAUCAAAUCUGUGAUUUCUUUUUAUAAAUAUGUAUGUCAAUGUGUUUAAAACAAAAAUGGAAAAAAUGGUUAAUGUGAUAGCUGAGAGAGGACUAUCCACUAGUAAAUCCAUUACAAAUAUUCCAAAUACUGCAAAAUAUUUUUCUUUUUUUUCCCCACAGAGGUACUGGUUACUUGGGAUUUUAGUUAUCUUCAGCAAGGGUUCUUUUACAGAAUAUGAAUUUAUAGCAAGUAAACUCUUUACAAAACUGCAGUUCACAUACUUUCCUGCAUUGCAAAAUGUUCAGCAUGGAUUCACUCCUUAAUUAAAUCACUUUUUGCAAGUAAGCAUAAGAUAUUACCUCUCAAACCAAGUUAUUUAAAAGCAAAAAAAUGGUGUAUAAGAGUGGGGGAAGGCAGCUAGCAAAUGAAAGCAAAAAUGCACUUCUGUUUUAGCUUUUUAUAAUUAUUGGGGGGAAAAAUAGGGUAAGAUUGCUUAUCAUGUCCAAAUGACAUGACACAGUCUAUCAGGCUGAAGCUCAGACUUGCACUGUUAGACGUUAUGUACUGCACCUGUUAAGAAAUUCAUGCAGAAUUGGACAGUGUUUUAUUUCAGGAAAUUAUGCAAACCCAUUAUUACAUUUAUCUUUCUUCAGUAAAUAAAGGUAUGAAGUUAAUCA